GGUUUCCAAAAUUUUCAAAUGGUUCGAAGGAGAGUUCCUAGUACCGAAAACAAGAAAGCUAAGGGUGAAUUUUAACAAGCACAGAUUAGGUACCGCGUAAAAUGCAGAUAUGUCUGAAUAUAAAUGCGAUUCCGGGAAGCCACCAGUUUAUGUUCCUCAUAAACCCGUGUCAGCUGUGAUUGGGGCAUCUUUCAGCGUAGUAUCCAUUAUGGUUGCAAAUAUCCUCCGCCUUUUUAAGAUUCCGCAAGUCAGUUACGCUUCCACAAGCACAGAGCUGUCAGAUAAAUCAAGAUUCGAAUACUUCAGUCGAGUUGUGCCGCCUGAUAAUUUUCAAGCUCAAGCAAUGGUGGAAAUUAUAAAAGAACUUGAUUGGAAAUACGUCUCCACGGUCGCGGUAGAAGGAGAGUAUGGCGAAAAAGGCAUUGCAUCGUUCAUAUCGUAUUCAGCGGAUGUGGGAAUUUGUAUAGCUACGUCUGAAAAGGUAUUGAGGAAUUCUCGCGUGGAAGACUUCGACCGAAUUAUUGAAAAGCUGAUCCAAAAACCCCAAGCACGCACCGUCGUUUUAUUUGUAGAUGAAGAUAAUACCAGGUGA